CACCCAUCAAGUCUUUAUAUGAUUAUAUCUAUAGCCCAGCCUCAUUGUAAGUGCCCAUAGCUCCUUUUCUUACACCAUCUAGCUAGCUCCUAGCAUGGAAUACCCUGGAAAGAGAUCUCUCUUCAGCGUCAUGGGUAAAGAUACAACACGAUCACCCACCCACCUUUCUAUCGAAACCCAUCAAGAAAUGUAUGAACAUGAUCUCCAAUGUAGCCCUGAAAUGGCUUGUAGCCCCCACAACACAAUGCACGGGCUUAUAAUAGCACCCCCAAGCCCAGAAUCACCAUGGACACUCUCUCCUCUCCAAACCCCAUCUCCAUCACUGCUUUACCACUGUAUAGCUUCACUCCAUCGCCACGAGGGCACCAUCUAUUCCAUCGCAGCUUCUAAGGAAGUAGUCUUUACUGGCUCUGAUAGUAACCGAAUUCAUGCUUGGAGGCAGCCAGAUUGCAUGGAGCGUGGUUAUGUUAAGGCAAAUUGUGGUGAGGUCCGGGCAAUUUUAGCCUAUGGUAACAUGCUUUUCACUGCGCAUAAAGAUCACAGAGUCCGAUUCUGGAACUUCACGGUUUCAGAUGGUUGUUUUCAGUCCAAGAAGGUCUGCUCUAUUCCUAGAAGAAGCUCAUUUCUUUUGUUCCCAAGAACCAACACACAACAACACAAGCAAUGUGUUUCUUGCAUGGCUUAUUACCAUGCUGAAGGGCUAUUAUACACUGGCUCCCACGAUAGAACAGUAAAAGCUUGGCGGGUUUCAGAUAAGAAAUGCGUAGACUCAUUUGUGGCACAUGAUGAUCAUGUAAAUGCAAUAUUGGUGAACCAAGAUGAUGGGUGUGUUUUCACAUGCUCUUCUGAUGGGUCUGUGAAAAUAUGGAGAAGGGUAUACAUGGAAGACUCACACACGCUCACAAUGACUCUGAAAUUCCAACCAUCUCCAAUGAAUGCAUUGGCCUUGAGUCCAUCCUUCAACAAUAAUCGCUUCCUCUAUUCAGGUUCAUCAGACGGUACCAUAAAUUUUUGGGAGAAAGAAAGAAUGUCUUAUAGAUUUAACCAUGGAGGAUUUUUGCAAGGACAUCGUUUCGCUGUUCUUUGCCUAGUGACUAUUGAGAAGUUAAUAUUCAGUGGUUCAGAGGACACAACGAUUAGAAUUUGGAGGAGAGAGGAAGGUAGUUGUUACCAUGAAUGCUUGGCCGUGUUAGAUGGGCAUAGAGGGCCAGUGAAAUGCUUAGUUGCUUGUUUGGAAAUGGAAAAGGUUGUCAUGGGUUUUAUACUGUAUAGUUCAAGUUUGGACCAAACUUUUAAAGUUUGGAGGGUUAAGGUUUUACCUGAUGAGAAUGUAUGCUAUGAUUAUGUGGACCAAAGCGAUUCGAGGACCCAAAAAAUGGAGUAUGAGACGAACCCUGUGUUGUCUCCCUCAUGGGUAAAGAAAAAGCUUCAAGGUAACUACUUUCAGUAGAUGAGUAAUAAUAAAUAUUUUUUUCACUCCACUUAUCUGUAACCUUGUAAAGAAAAUAGAGCAGUUAGAAGCCAUGACAAA